AUGGCCGCAGCCGACCAGAAAUCGUUUCUAGGGACAUUUUCCCCGUGGAGUACCCCGAGAAGUUCGACCCCUCAGCCCGACCGUUCACUAGGACCAGAUGUCCUGCACCGUUCGCAAGGAGAGGAUCACACAGUGACACAUAGGAAUAGGCUGAGCCAACGAAAUUACCCUUCCGACUGCCCUCCACUGAAAGUGAGAUGGUUCUACGCUGUCGAUUCCCCGAAACGAAAGCCUGUCUUGAGCGAUCAAAACAAGCCGGAUCAGAAACCACCGCCACCACCCAAGAAGUUUAUUCCGUUCUCGUUAAAGGAUUCGCAGGCAAUCGAAGCAGCCUUCCAGAGAUUAUCGGACGUCGACGACGCCCAGGGUCAUAGCCCAAGGCAGGAGUCGGCACAACAAGUGCCAACCAAGGUUCCCGUGAACGAGGACUAUCUUUUCGAUGUGGAUGUCGAACAGCGAGAGCUCGGCCCGGCUUAUUGGAUAGGCCCCGUUUAUGAAGUUCGUCGGGGAACCUGGUUUUUCCAGGACGGGUCUGGCUUGAGGCCAUGCGAAGAGAACCUGGCGACUCAGCUCGAGGAAGGAUAUCUGAAACUACGACCAUGGAGGACGGGUACAUCUGAUUCUAGGAGUUCCCAAUUGUCCACAUUGGACGAACAAGAUACUCAACCCAACCUCCAGGGAUUACAAGAUCCAGACUCACCCAGGUCUCAUGCUCAGCCCCAGAGUGGGAAUGGAUCGACUGCACCUCCAAUGGACCACCAGCAGUACCGACUGUUUGGGACAUACAUGAAUAGAAUUGUCGCCUACCAAGAUAAUUCCACAGCUUGGCUCACUACUGAUGACUUUAUGUCGCGGGUCAGUACCGCUGUAUAUCAGAAACUAGGCGGCGUCCCCGGCAACAAAGUAGUUCGCGGGCUAGUUGAACCUAGUCGUGCAAAGGAGUCCUCUGACUCGAAGGGGUCAGAACGAAAGCCUGCCGAGAAGAUAUCAAGCGUUACCGACUCUGAGACAUCCCCCGCAGAGACCAAGAGGCCGAACGAGCCACUUCCGGUGGAUUUACCUGCAUCUGAGAUCACGACUGAGUUACAAAGUGCAGAAAGGCGGCCAAAGUCGACAUUAGAGCGGCAAAUGUCGUCGCUUGCAGGAGAACUUCAAAACCCGGCCGAGUUGGAGGAGCAAGCCCGUAGACAGGAAGAGCAGGAGAUGGAGGAUUUGAGAGAAGUCGACAAUGACGAUCGAGAGCGAGAGGUUGAUCAUUUGAUCCUGGUGACUCAUGGCAUCGGUCAACGCCUUGGAUUGAGAUUGGAAAGUAUCAACUUUAUCCACGACGUGAACGUGCUACGGAAGACACUCAAGGGAGUGUACAAGGCCUCUCCAGAUCUCCAAGCCCUCAAUUCUGCUUUUGCGGACAGCAAUGGCAACUGUCGGGUUCAAGUACUCCCGGUAUGCUGGCGGCACCUCCUAGAUUUUCCUUAUCGAGGGGUUCGGCAAAAUCGAAAGGAGCUUGAUUUGACUGAUGCUGAUGCCCUUGAGGAUGAUGCCUAUCCUAGUCUGGCGGAUAUCACACUGGAAAGUGUCCCUGCCGUUCGGAAUCUCAUUUCUGACCUGGCGAUGGACGUUCUUCUAUACCAGAGCGGGUAUUGUGAACAUAUUUCCAAUAUCGUGAAACAAGAGUGCAACCGAAUUCUUCAACUCUACAAAGCGCGCAAUCCGUCUUUCCAGGGGACUGUUAGCCUCUGCGGCCAUUCCCUCGGCAGCGCAAUUUUGUUUGAUAUUCUAUGUCACCAGCCUGCUGAACCCGAUAUCGCAAAGGGGGAAGCAAGCCGGCGGCUCAGGAAAGCGAUGAUCUUUCGGACCAGCGAAAUCUCGGUCGAAAUGCUGAAAGGGAAGACUAUCGCUGGUUAUUCUCCUCUCCGUGCGAGAAACCGCAACAGUGCUCUGGAAGUCGAUAUUGACCCUACAAUACUGGGUUCCCUAAAAGCUUCCAAAAGAGACUCACGUGGCAGCACCAGGGGUGACAUAGGUGACAACUCAGCCAUCAUCUCAGCCCCAAAAUGCCGCGACAUUUACAAUAUUUUUCAUCCCUCGGACCCGGUAAGUUAUCGACUGGAGCCUCUCAUUUCCCCUGCAAUGGCAAGCUUGAAGCCCCAACCCUUGCCUUCAGUCAAAAGAAGCCUGUGGGCGGCUUCAGGACAAAGCCUCUCCAUCCUCGGAACUCGCAUGGGCCAGAGUGUGGGUUCGCUGUGGAGUAAUUUUACAUCCGGCGUGGCGAGCAGCUUGCUGAACCGUAGCCUGGGCUUGAAUGCCGAAGAAGUCCCAUCAGUCCCUGAGAGGAAACCAACGGAUGCAUCCAAUGGGCAUAAACGCACUCAGUCCGGCUCGCUUCAAGAUGCACCACGGGACUCUGAAGAUCAUUUCCCAAUUCUGAUUGACCCCGAUAUCGAGACACUUUACGAUGGGUUCCAAAGGAACAGGAACGUCCACAGGAAAGAUCAUGCUCGCUCCUCGGAGGCUGAGCCCGACAUGGACGCCGAAGACCAGGAGCGGAAAAUGAAGUUUGAAGACGCCAAGGUGCGUUCCCUAAACUCCAAUGGUCGUGUUGACUACAACAUACAGGAGUAA